GGGCCCGCAGAUCCGCGUGUUCGGGCGCGCGCACUUCCUGGGGCGGCUGCAGGCGGCCGCCGACGCCGCGCCCGCCGCGCUCGCCUUCCUGCAGGACUACUUGGGCGUGCCCUUCCCGCUGCCCGGCCUCGACCUCGUCGUGCUGCCGCACUACGCCGCGCGCCACCCCGCCGACAUGUGGGGCGUCGUCAUCUUCAGGGAGGAGGACCUGGUGGGCGAGUCGAUGCAGGUGCAGCUGACGACGGAGCUGGCCUACCAGUGGCUGGGCCACCUGGUGACGCCAGCGCCGCGCUGGGCCGAGCUGCACCUCAACAAGGCUCUCGUCAACCUGCUGAUGGUGGCGCGCCUACAGGGCGUCUCGCCCAUCUU